AUGCGAAUUAAAGCUGUACUUCUUCUUACAAUAGCACUCUUUUUUGCAACAAUUGGUCUUAUCUUUCAUUUUUUGGCAAUCUUUAGUAAACGAUGGACAGUAGCUAUUCCUCGUCAACCUCGAGGACCUAAUGAUCAAAUUCAUUAUUAUGGUUUAUGGACACGAUGUCAAUAUUCAAAUACUUCAUUUGUUAUACCAGAUAUAUCAUCUCAACCAAAUAUAGAAAAUUUUGUUUGUCGUCCAAAUACCUAUUUACGUUAUAAUAUUAAUAACGAAGAAAUAAGUAGAAAAUGUUAUUUAAGUCGUCAUCAAUGUUCAUCUAUUAUUGGUGUUCAUCCAGAUUGUAAAUGCAAAUAUUUACAUGUAACACGAACUCAACAAUGGUGUUCUAUUCUAGCUGCUGUAUGUCUUUUAUUUGCUAUAUUUAGUUUAUAUCUUAGAAUAAUUGCUUCACCACAAAAUGUAAGUGGAACAUUCCUAUUGGCUCUUGCACCUGUGACACUUUUUACUGUAGCAUUAUUAUUGAUGAUUAUAACUAUGAUAUUGGUCGGUGCUUCUUUAAGACGUAAUGAAUAUGAAGAUUAUGAUAUAAAAUUAUCAAAAGAGAUUUUUCCUCCAUUAUCUACGGUACCUGAAACAUUUAAUUUAUACCGACUUAAUGCUUUUUUUAAAAAUCAUAAAGAUCCUAUCUUACAUCGAAAUGCUAUUUCAACAUUCAAAUCCAUUCAUAAAGAACGUUUUUAUGCUCGUAUUGAUUGGUCUGCGGGUGCAGAAAUUGUUGCUAUUCUAGUAACAUUAGUUACAUACAUGUUGAGUAUUAUUCUAGCUAUAGCACAAGUUAAUUGA